CCAAUAGUAACAGUCUUCAGAUAUAUUAAGUUGUAGGCUGGCAACAGCCCUCAGGCUAUGAUGUCUGUAAAAGAUGAACUCAUUUUGACACUCCCCUAGCCUGCUUUUGAUUUACUUCCUGAUUCGUGUGCUUGCCUUACUUUGAUGUCGUGCUCUGAGCAUACGUAAGUAGGACAGGGUUCUCAGAUCAGGGAGAAAAGUCUUCCAAGAAUGCAUCCCAAAACCUAACAUGAGGAAAAGUGGGACAGCACAGGACCAAAACAAAGUGCAUUUGACAGAGUUCCAGCAGACAGGAAACAAAGUCCACUUGAAAGGCAGUGUGAAUGUCUGACUGGCUGAGGGGUUACACAACAACCUGGUUUAUGGGAGUUUAAAGUUUUUUCCCACCACGGAGAGCAGGCACAAAAGCAGGGAGUGUUGUUCACCAGCUGGCUCUUCUCUGUGGAUUCCAGCCUGGGGAAGUAGGUCAAAAUCAGCUAACAACCAGGGAAAACACAGGCAAGACAGGUUUCUCAAACCCAUCCCAUGACCAUAGACUGAAGGACGGACUGACGGUAUGUCUCGACGGGUGUGUGUGAUCGGAGCGGGUGCUUCAGGUCUGACCACCAUCAAGGGCUGCCUGGAGGAAGGCCUGGAACCCACCUGCUUCGAGAGCAGUGAUGACAUCGGGGGACUGUGGAGGUUCAAGGAAACCCCCGAGCCAGGGCGCGCUAGUAUCUACCGCUCUCUGGUGGUGAACACCUCUAAGGAGAUGAUGUGUUUCAGUGACUUCCCCAUGCCUCCUGAAUACCCCAACUACAUGACACACUCCCAGCUGCUGCAGUACUUCAGGCUCUACGCUCAACACUUUGACCUCCUCAGACACAUCAUCUUCCGGACCAGCGUGCAGAGUGUAAGGCAGCAACCAGACUUCAGUCAUUCAGGCCAGUGGGAGGUGGUGACAAAGCACAGGGACGGGAGGGAGGAUACACACAUCUUUGAUGGUGUCCUGGUGUGUUCGGGACACUUCACACACCCAUUCCUACCGCUAGCACAGUUCCCAGGCCAUGAGUCAUUCCCUGGUCGCUGCCUACACAGCUGGGAGUAUAAGGAUGCCGAAGCAUUCAGAGGGAAGAGGGUGGUGGUGAUUGGGAUUGGGAAUUCUGGAGGGGACAUCGCCGUGGAGAUCAGCAGGGCUGCAGAGAAGACCUUCCUGAGUACCCGCGAGGGGUCGUGGGUGGCAGCACGUAUGUCCAGUAAUGGUCUGCCUCUAGAUAUGAAGGUCCUCACACGGUUUGUUGCUGUGCUGCCCAGAUGGCUGCUCAACUGGCUUGCCCAUAGAACCCUCAACAAACGAUUCGACCACCGUCUGUAUGGCCUACAACCCUCUGACAGAUCAAUGGAUCAGAGGCUACUAAUAAACGAUGACCUUCCGGGCCGUAUUCUGCAGGGGGGAAUUGUAAUGAAGCCAAACCUAACAGAGUUCAAGGGGUCAGGGCUGCAGUUUCAGGAUGGCACCAUAGAGGAGGAUAUUGACGCAGUGAUCUUCUGUACUGGAUACAGAAGCAAUUUCCCCUUUCUGCCCCAGUCCUUGUGGUCAGGCCCAGAGGGGGAGCUCACACUGUACAGACGGGUGUUUCCUCCAUCCCUAGAAUGCCCCACGCUGGCCGUCAUUGGAAUGUUCCAGUCUAAAGGGCCCAUAUUUCCCGGAAUGGAGAUGCAGGUCCGCUGGGCUGCAAGAGUCAUGGCAGGGCUGAACCAGCUUCCACCACCAGAGAAGAUGCUGUCCAUCAUUGAGAUGGAGAGAAAGAGAAACAUGAAGAGAUACCAGUGUCCUAUACAGGCAGCUUUAAAAGUCGAUUGGAUCCCCUAUCUUGACUCCAUGGCAAAGGAGAUAGGUGUUCGUCCCAAUCUCGCGUGGCUGCUGUUAACGGAGCCUGGUUUGGGUCUCCGUGUGCUGUUUGGGCCCUGCACUCCAUACCAGUACCGCCUGAGAGGGCCAGGACAGUGGGACGGGGCCCGACAGGCCAUCCUCACCCAGUGGGAGCGCGUGGCCCAGCCCUUCAAGACCAGGUUGGUGCCGGAGCCAGACCCAGACAGACCGUGGGCCCUUCUGUCGCCCUGGCUGAUCACUCUGGGUGGGGCGGCUGUGCUGCUAGUUGUGGUCCUCUCCCAGUGCCAGCUGAACUGCUCUCUUCAUGACACUCUACAGCAGGGUUUUCCAACCUUUCUGGGCAUGAAAGCUACAUGCAAAAAGUAAAACAAGCUGCUUCUUUUAAUAGUGUUUUUUGCUUUCAAUCAGACACAGUCUUCUCGUCUACCCUGCAAUGUUCCCAUUUGUCCUUUUGCAUAUAAGAGAAAGUACUGCGCUAUGUUUUCUUUAAAUAUACAUGGUAAAGGAUUUAAUAUACAACUUUACGGGGGCCCUCUAAAAUAAUUUUUUGUAUCCAUACAUUUUCUGUUUGUAUGUUUCCUUGUUUAGCAUUUUAGUUAAAAAAGAUUAUUCAACCAAAAUAAUCUUUUGUUCUGAAUUAAUUUCAAUAAAUAUAAAUGCAUCAGAAGACAGGUAGAAAACUGUUAAAAUGUGUUUUGGAAUGUAAUUUAUCUUUAAUAGCACAUUUGGCCCUUUAUUUGUGAUUCUUGCAAACGGGGUAUGUUCCAGUCUUGAAGUGAAUCUGUAGUCUACUGCUCUAUGUAAUUAUUUGGUUUCAGUAAGAACAAACCAAAGUUAUUAGAAUUGCACACAAAAAUAUUGAUACUGAAAGCAAAACAUAGAACCAAAAAGUGUUUUGACAUAUAAAACCAUUUAAUAUAGCAAAAUAAAUGUUUUGAAAAGCAAGAAACAAAUAGAUAAAAUAUCACUGAAUUAUCAAUUAAAAUUAUUCCUUGACAAAAACGUUUCAUUUUGUUUUGCACAAAACAUUUCAUUUGCAAUAUUAUUUGGUUGAUGUUUUGCUUUCAAUGUCAAUAUCUUUGUUUGAAAUACUAAUAAUUAUGUUUCUUAUUACAACAAAAGUAAUGUACAAAAGGUCCAUACUACUGCUGCUUUUCAUAAAAUGUCUGUAAAAAUGAUGUUGCUCUUGUUAUAGCUACUUCUGCCAGCUAAGAUUGCAGUGUGUGAUACUUGAGACAUAUGAUGACCAAUGGAAUUUCCAUGUUCAACUUUGAGCAAGCAGAACAUUAUUGUUGCAUUGAAUAAAUGAUUUGA